AUGAAUGAUCUUUUCUCGGGUUCCUUCAAGAAGUACCAGGACCUGAAGCGGCAGAUUCACAUUGAUGAUGUCGAAAGGGGUGACGGUGACGGCGACGGCGCCGGCGGUGUUGGCGGCAUGGGGAACGAGACUGUGGAUCUGGACAAGUUUUUUGAAGAUGUGGAGAAGGUGAAGGAGGACAUGAAGGAUGUGGAGAAGCUGUACAAGAGGCUACAGGAAUCAAACGAGGAGAGCAAGACAGUGCACAAUGCCAAGACCAUGAAGGAUCUCCGCUCCCGGAUGGAUUCGGACGUCACCCAAGUGCUGAAAAAGGUGAAGAUCAUCAAGGGCAAGAUCGAGGCCCUUGAUCGUUCCAACGCCGCCCAUCGGAGCAUUCCAGGUUGCGGUCCGGGCUCGUCGGCCGACCGAACAAGGACCUCGGUAGUUAGUGGAUUAGGGAAGAAACUCAAGGUGAUGAUGGACGAAUUCCAGUCGCUGAGGGCUAGGAUGACGGCCGAGUACAAGGAGACAGUGGAGAGGAGGUACUUCACCAUCACCGGGGAGAAGGCGAACGAGGACCUGAUCGAGAACCUGAUAUCGAGCGGCGAGAGCGAGACGUUCCUCCAAAAGGCCAUCCAGGAGCAGGGCCGCGGGCAAAUUCUUGACACCAUUUCUGAGAUCCAGGAACGGCACGACGCGGUGAAGGAGAUCGAGAAGAACCUGGUGGAGCUGCACCAGGUGUUCUUGGACAUGGCGGCGCUGGUGGAGGCGCAGGGGCAGCAGCUGAAUGACAUAGAGAGCCAUGUGGCCCAUGCCAGUUCCUUCGUUAGGCGGGGGACUGAGCACCUACAGGAAGCCAGAGAGUACCAGAAGGAGUCCAGGAAAUGGACUUGCAUCGCCAUCGCGCUCGGUGCUUGUGUGCUCAUCCUCAUUCUGCUCCCAGUUUUAUCCUCGGUUUUGGUCCAUGUACUGUAG